AUGCCGACCUCGGCUACCCUUGCUCCGGACCAGGCAGAGAGCGGUCUGAUUGAGAAAUUUAGGAGGAUGUCACCCUCAGCAUACUCGGGGCAUGGGGGAGUAGAGAAAGCCGAAAGAUGGAAGAGACAAGUGGAGAAAAUUCUGGAUGUGUUGAACUGCUUGGGUGAGCAGAAGGUCAGAUUGGGACCCUUCAUGCUGAACGGGGAGGCUAAACACUGGUGGAAUUCGGUAAAGCAGUGUUGGAGGGAGACAUGGACUGAGGCCACUUGGGAGAACUUCCUAGUUGCAUUUGAUGAGAAAUGCUUCCCUAUUUCUGUCAGGGAGAGGAAGGAAGUAGAGUUUAUCAAGCUUCAACAAGGGAGGAUAACAGUAGAGCAAUAUGCGGCUAAAUUCGUGGAGCUCUCUAGGUACGUGCCCCACAUUAUCAAUACAGAGACGUGUAAGGCAAGGAAGUUUGAGAGGGGCCUCCGGAUAUCAGAGGGAGAGUAA